AUAAACUUAACAAUGGAAUUAUAACAGUGUUGAUCAAAGAAAAAGCACAAGGAAAGAAACUGAAAAUGAUAUUUGAAAAAUUGUUAUUGAUCAUUUUCCUAAUCGGGAUUUAUUUUUCAAAAAUCCAAGGACGAGGAUUAAUGCUCGAUCCUAUUAGUAGGAGCAGUGCUUGGCGAAAAGGAUUCCCUGUUGAGCCGAAUUACAACGAUCAUGAACUCUUCUGCGGAGGAUUAAAUAUCCAAUAUGAACAGAAUGAGGGAAGAUGUGGCGAAUGCGGUGACGAUUACGCUAUUCGUCGUCCAAGACCAAACGAGAACGGUGGUCUUUAUGGAACCGGUGUAAUUGUCAAAAGAUACAAGGCAAAUCAAAUCAUAAAUGUAAAGCUGAAACUGACCGAGAAUCGUUUAGGAACAUUCACAUUCAACCUGUGUCCUCUGAAUGAGACAUUCCACCUCGAGACCGAGAAAUGUUUCAAUCAAUACCCGCUGAAAUUGAACAAUAUAUAUGAUUACAACUUCCAAGUGCCCAAUCUGAAAACAGAAUUCAACAUAGCAGUCCGUAUACCGAACAUAACGUGUAACCAAUGCGUGUUCAGAUGGACAUACAAAGUUGGGAAUAAUUUCGGCCGGUGCUACGAUAAUGGAAAUCCCACUAUUGGAUGCGGGCCUCAAGAAACUAUACGAAAUUGCGCUGACAUUGCGAUCGAACCUGAUGAAAAUUCGUAAAGAAAUUCGCUUAAUCGAAAAACAUAAUUAUUUGAUUAAAUUGAGUUGUAAUAAUUUCAAUCUCUUUGAGAGAUUCUCAAGAAUGAGAUUAAAAUUCCAGAUAGAUAUCUAUCCAUGGAAUUUUACAAUAAGAUCGAAAAUCGAUAUUGCGAUAACUUAAUUUAAAAUUAAGAUAUCGAGAUAAAAACACGAGAUUUCGAUAAGAAAUUAUCGAAAAUUAUUCAGAACAUAUACAGAAUAUUCGAUAUUAUUUAUAAUUAAUUUCAAUAAUAAUAAUUUACUUUUUUCUCUUUUUCGAUCUCGAUGGAUUAACGAGUAUUUACAUAUUGUUAUUUGAAUGAUACGUUCAAUCUGGAUUACAUAACAGAAAAAUGGACGUUAAUCAUCUUUCUGAAUAACAUUGUUAUUCCUCCACUUUUAUUUCCUUUCGUUUCACGCGCCACUAAUGCGGCUCGAGAGAAAGGCCUGGAAAAGGAAACUUGAACAGAGAAUCGCGACGGAUUAGUGCGUAUUUUCUAAACGUAUUUUCUUUGGUUCAUUGUUCUGCGCACGUGAUGCAGCUGGCAAUAAAUAAUUGGAGAGGAAGAUAAAA